AUGGAUCUUAAUGACAAGCGGAACGGGGAGAAACAGCAACUUAGUAGUGGGGCCAUGGAAGAGGAUGGUAACGAAAUGGUAAGGAAAAAGUGCAAUACAAAUAAAAGGAUUUAUAUCAAGUACCAUGAGGGGGAGUAUUACAAAGAAGAGGAAAAUGAAGAUGGAGGAAUUCCUCACAAACGGAAUAAAAGACCAAGCAGAACUCCUCCUAGUAUUGACGAUCAUGAAGUGGACAAGGGGAAAGUAUACCAUUUAGCAAAGAACGGGAAGAAAGCAAAAGUUCUUAAUGAAUUAUCUUUCCGUGCGUUAUCCACCAGUGGUAGAGCGAACAACCUUACGAGGGAUGGUGAUGACCAAGACAACUACGAUGGAGGUGAUCACCGAGGGAAAGGGAUCAAAUGCAGAAACAACGGAGGGGGUCAUGACCACUCGCAUGAAAGAAAGAUGCAUAAUAUGCGUAAGAUGGCAUUGUACCCCUCCCAUACAGAUACCUCCCCUGGAGGGAAAGCAAACCUUGGUAGUAACAGUAUUCCGAGCAGUGUAAGUCUCAAAAAAGGAAGUGGCGCACAGGAGGAUGAAUCCACGGCAGAUGAGCAUACCCCAAGAAAUAGGGGUAGGAAAAUUUAUAAAUUAAAAAGUAAUCUAGGGAGCUCUCCCUUUAUGUUCCAUCCUGAUGGAAGACGGAGGAGGGUGUCACUUACGGGGAGAAGAAGCUUCUCUCAGUCGAGUGUGGAAACGUCAGAAGGAAAUUUCCAGGGUGGGAAGUAUGUCAAGGAAGGGAGGGGGGACUGCCAGCAGGGGGCGAGUCAUGGAAGUGAUGAAAGUGAUAAACGUUGUAAGCGUGGUGAACGCGAUGAGCGUGACAAACACGCCAAACGUAGAGGAAGUUACGAAGCCUCUUCGCCCUAUGAGGACAAGUAUCUGACGCAGGAAGCUAAACGGGGAGAACAUAGGCAUCAUCAUUAUGUCGUUGAGGGAAGAGGAAGACCGCAUGGCGCACACCGGUCCGGUGAGUCAGUACGCAGGGAGUACGAAACCUCGAGCGGGUACAGACGGGAAUCAGCGUUGAACAAAUUUGAAAGGAAUGAAAUCCACAAAGGGGAAAAACAUUCCAGUCGGAGGAGCGGAAGUCCUAGUAGUGGAAGAAGCAGGAGCGAAGGGGCGCACGGAAGAAACGAGUUGGGGAGGCCCUACUACAGUAGAAGAAAAAGACAGUACUCUCCGCCUUCUGAAGAGGAUCGACCAAACACAUAUAGGGAGAAAUGGCAGAGCGUCAAGGAGAAGCAGGACUGGCAUAAAGACGGAAGGAAUUAUUAUCAUGGCGAAGGAGACUAUCAGAAGGAACUGCCUCCAAAAGAGAAUUACCGUGAGAGCCUAUCUCGUGGCGGAAGCGCAAAACUCAGUGAAGAUAGAGAAGACACCAAUUUAAAAAGAAGAAAGAAAGAAUAUCAUAAAAAUAGGGAGUGGAGAGAAAGGCCACUACACCCCCAUAGAGAUGAAGAAAACGAAUCUUCCACUGGGGGGGAGGAACCCAAAGCGUAUUACGAUAAUCACAGCCGAGAGAGAGAGCAAAGAAGUGGAAAGUACGAUCUACAGUCGAACGAGUGCUCAAGUAGAAAACGGGAUCGUAGCGAAAUGGACAAUGAGGUUCCCAUAUAUGACCAACGUAGGCACUACUAUCCACACGAGGAAGAAUAUCAUCCAAGGGGAAGGAAUCACAUUAAGCUAUUGAACAAAUGGAAAGGAGAUAUCGAUGAUGAAGAAAAGAAGGAGGAAUUCAAACCCAGCUUCGACGAUCGUCUCCAUGAUCAGUUCGAAGGAGAGUAUCAUGGAGAUAGGCACAAUGAAAAGAAUCCCUGUAGAAAUAGAAGAUGCGAUAAAAGUGGUGAAAUUGGAAGUGACAUUUUCGUGAACGAAUUAAACAGUGAAAGGAUAAAAAAAAAAAAAAAAUUUGAAUUUGUUCAAAUUGAUGGUAAUGUGGAAAUCGAGUUAUUGUAUGAUGCCGAUUUUACAAACUGGGUGAGCGACGAUCGUGGUGUCUCAGAAGAAGCGGGAAUAGGGAGAAAUGGGGACGACGUAGUAGGAGGAGAACCCAUUCACAUCAAAUUUAGGAAUUCUCACUUACGGAAAUUUGUUUUAUGUAGCAACCCGGUUGGCGUGGGGAAGGUGACUCCCCCGGGUGAGUGGAGCCAUUCCUUCACUCACAAAAGGAGCGUGAGCAUUCGCUCUUCCGAUGGGAGCACGUAUAGUCAUAAUAAUUAUGCGCCUUCCUCUCGUGUUGCUAACUAUAAGCAGGGUGAAUACAAACAGAACAAAAAUCCCCCCACUUCUUUUGUGGGCAAUAAAUAUUAUGAUGUUAGCCUCUUAAAAAAAAGGGGCUCACACAGUGAUCGAUCGGAAUCACCUGACUCGUUCAGGCGAAAUGGCCACGUGAGUAGUAAAAAUUCUGUUAGCAAAUAUGACUGCAAGAUUGAGAGGCCUAAACAUAUUUCCAGUGUCGACGGAGAAGAGAAUAAAAGCCGUUCCAGUUCGGCUUCUGCAGUGCGUGAUACAUUUGUGGAAUGCGAGAAUGGUCGUGAGGGGAAGUUACAGGGGGGGUCGAGAUGGGGUGGAGACAGAAGAAAAUGCCCAAGGGACCAUCAGGUGGAGGAUAAUGAGAGAAUGUAUGGUGGCAGACGUGGUAGAAGUCGAAGUAGAAAUAGUGGUAGAAGUCGAAGUAGAAAUAGUGGUAGAAGCCGAAGUAGCAACCGUGGAAGAAGCCGAAGUAGCAGUCGUGGAAGUAAUCGCAGAAGGAGAAGGCUUAGCAUAUCGAGAGACACCACUCACAACACUCAUGGUGACAGUCGCAUCCAGGAAAUGAUCACCCCUCGCAAAUAUAGCGGCCACAGGGGAUUGAACGGAAUGGAAAGAGAAAAGGAUAAGGAGCAUUCGCAGGGAGAGAAUUAUGGGAGGCGCUCUCCUGAACAUGCUGUACAUGCGGAAGGGUCGAAAAGCCCCCAUGCACAGAGUGGUAUGAAUGUAGAGGGGGAAUCAAACCAUCGUAGGAAAGGAAAGAACUAUGGUAACGAUACUCGCAUCACAGAGAAAGAUGUUAAUCGAACGGGUGCCCAAGAGAAAGUGGCAACCAUCCCCACUUGGGUUAAUGUACCCGAAUUCGGGAGCAUACCAAAUUACAUAAAUGAGAUAAUAAAGAAUAUGAACAGUUCAUAUGAAAUAAAUGAACCUAUCGACAUGCUGAACUUGAAGGCAGGUAAAUCCUUUCGUACUCCGGAGUUACUCCAUUUCGUUAAACAGAUGACGAGCACAAAGAGUUUUCUGAAUUUUCUGGAGAAGAGAAAAGAAGCCCAAAGGAAAUGGAAAAUGGUCGCUCGAAAUAUUGUACAUGAGGAGUUUAAAAUUUUGAGCGACUCGAUAAGUAGCGAUGUGAUUGACGCGAAAAUAAAAUAUCUUACCAAUUCCCUUAGAUCUCUGUAG